AUGCUGGAUCCAGUACAGUAUUCUUGGAGUCCCACAGUCCCUGAGAAUACCAAAUGGAAAUCAAAGUACUACAAAGUACUCGGGUAUACAAGAGGACGACAUCGACGAAAUAGAUUUCCAAAAGGUAUUGUAAUUGACUUGGCUGCGUUCUGUUCAGCCGAUGUGACACGAGCUAUGAUAAUUAAAUUUGAAACAUUACGGUUAUUUAUCCUUGCAUGUUUGUCGAUUCGAUUAUCACUGAAGCAAGAUCCUCGUAUGUACUAUUUAUUGCUACAACAGACAGUCUACUCUUCCGUUAAAGAUAAGAGACCAGGCUUUUGGUAUGAUAUUUAUUUUAUGGCUAAAUCAGCUUCCUAUAUCAAUCUAUGGUUACUAUCAGCCACAUGGUACUUGAUAGGUAUAUAUGAAACUGGACAAAUACUGAAAUCAUUGAUAGAAAAAUCAACGAUAGUUCGCCUACCAAAAUAUUUGUGUGAAUCAGAUCCAAAAGGAAAGAUGCGAAAUACAUUUCAAGUAUUUCAAAAAAAUCGUGAUAUUGCCACUACAUGCGCAAUCUUCCAGGACAGUAAUUUUCGUUAG